CAUACCACUAUAAAUAUUAAACAGGCUAUCAUGCAAGUAUUAGAUCAAGCUAAAAUUACUGAAAAGUUGUUAGGUAUUACAACUGACAAUGCACAAUCUAUGAUAGUUGCAGGACUAGAACCUAAACAAA